AUGCAGGGAACGUUGAGUCACGUUAGAGGAGUUGAGUUACAAGAUGGGGAACAUCCUUCACACAAAGAAACUACCACGGUAAGUAUCAUAGUCAAAUUAUAAAUUCAGAUUUUAGAAGUAUAAUAGAUUUAAAAUUUGUAAAUAAUAUGAUCUUCAGGAUGUCAAAACAAUUGAUCCAAAAUUUCAUUCAAUGGAUUCUGUAGCCAAAACAACGUACAGAAGACUUGGAGACACAGACAUCAUCGUAUCAGCAAUGGGUUUAGGUAAUGAAUUAAGCAUACUUUCAAAUACGUUUCUAAAAAAUAUGAUUGAUGAGUAACAAUUUAAAACACUAUGCUAAAAAACCGUUCUUUUGCGUAUUUAACGAAAAUUCAGGAGUAGCAUCUUUUGGUGAAAUAUAUGGCCCAGCACCAUCUGAUCCAGCAGAAAUUGUGAGGACUAGUCUAGUAAAUGGGAUCAACGUUAUAGACACUGGUUAUUGGUAUGGUCAAAGACGAUCGGAAGCGACGUUAGGAAAGGUACGGCACGAACUUUAAUAACAAAUCAUUUUAAAGCAUAGUCUCUUUGAACACACCUUUACAGGCUCUGAAAAACAUUCCGCGACACGUGUACUACUUGUGCAUACGAGUAGGGCGGUUCGAAUUAGACUAUGCCAGGCCGUUUGACUACCGAGCCGACAAGAUAUUAACAUCGCUCACUAAAUCCCUCAGCCUCCUCAACCAAAAGUACGCCGACAUUUGUUUCCUACAGGUAAACUUUACUUCUUAUUAUUGAUUCGAUUCUUAGGUAACGAUUCGUAUCUAACUUAUACUUUUUCCAGCUUACUCUGUACAGUAUCAUAUUAUAAUUCUUAAGAUUUACAGGUAGCUGACACGGAAUGGGAGAACAAUUUGAACACGAUACUUGAAGAGACAUUGCCAGCAUUAAGAAUCGCACAAAACAGUAACAAGAUUAAGUAUAUUGGACUGGCUGGGUACAGUCUGUCAAAAAUGAGGUAAACAACAAGCAACAUAAUAUUAUUUAAAAAAUGGUUUGAAAAGUCAGCUUUAAACUUUUUUAUAAAGUGGUGUUCAAUAACUGAUAUUAUACUACUAAAAGUUUAAUAUUUAGGAAAAUAAUAGACAAAUCAAGCAUCAAGAUCAACGUAUGUUUAAACUACUGUAGAGCAACUUUAAUGGACAACAGUCUUGCUGAAAGCAUCAAAUACUUUAACGUAAGUUAAGGUUUUCAAUAUCAGGAACGAGUUUAGGAAAAGAAAAUUGGAGUGUUAAAUGGCGGUUGCUUUUCUAUGGGAAUGUUAACAGAACAAGGUCCACCACUUUGGCAUCCAGCUAAUUACAACACCCGAGAGAUUACUAAGGAGGCCGUCAACUACUGCAAGGUAAAUGUUCAUGUCUCUCAAAGUGUAGAUAAUGUUUUUCAGAGUAUUUAAUACACUAUGAAGCUAAGCCAUAGACCGUGCAAUAUUUAACUAUAGCAAUCUGAAGCUUAUUUGAAAUCAGAAUCCUCUAAAACAAAGAAACUUUAAGAGCAAAGACAUACGCAUUGAAAAGUUGUCGUUGUCGUAUUCCUUACGAUUCCCGGGCAUUACCUGCUGUUUGGUGAGUAUUGAGAACCUGUCACAACUCGUCAUUAACCUUACCACUUUGUGGAACAAUGGAACACUUCAAAACAAGGAACUUCGGGUGUUGGACAGAAUCAAAAGAAGGUCAGUCAAUUGUUACCAAUAAUUACCUAUUUACUAAAAAAAUUAAAAAUAAAAUUUAGCUAACACAAAAAUACUGGACUUCAUUUUUAGAUACCUAGACAAAAUCGAAAACAAAGAAUGGGACAUAAUAAACCUAAAAGGAUAUUGGAGACAUCUGGAGACUCUGGGACUUCCCUUUAUGUCCUCAAACAGAAUAUCCUCCAUGGAGAGCCUCUCAUCUAAUUAUACAGCAUCAAUCGCUUCAGCAUGUUCGAAAUGUGACCCUUACAAGUACCAAAAAUACCCAAGAAAAUAUUAA